UACAAUGUGUCUGUCAAGAUAUCUCUGCACAACAGUUUUAAAGAUGCAGUGGGGACAUUUAUAUAUCUCUCUAUCAACGGAUUCACUAAAUUUAGGAUGUUUCUUAACAACAUGUUCAUCCAGUCCUAUUGUACGAUUGAAUGUUGCAUUACAGUGGAUGCAUUUAAGGAUUUCAAGAUUUGAUCUAAUCUCAGGAUGUAUUAACAUAUGUUUACCAAUGCCGCUCUUUUUAACAGUUUUAUACAUGCACUGAGAGCAUUUAUAUAUUAUUCUAGCAACAGAUUUGAUAAAGUCUGGAUGUUUUCUAACUAUAUGAUCAUCCAAAGCUACUCGAGAACUCAAUAUUGCAUUACAGUGUAUGCAUUUGGUUUGUCUUGAAACACUCCCAAGAUGUAGUGUAUGUUUAUCCAAGUUGGAUUUCUGGGUACUUUGGUACAUCAUAAGAUGCUGCUGAUGAAUGUUUUGCUUUUACAUGAUAACUUAAUGUUUUUUCACUUGUAAACAC